AUGCCGGCCGUUGGAAGGAACACUAAGAUGCAGCAAUGGUUGAAUUACCGAGUUAGAGUCACCCUACACGAUGAGAGAAUUAUGAUUGGUCAGUUCAUGGCUUUCGAUAAGCACAUGAACUUGGUAUUGGCGGAUACUGAGGAAUUCCGAAAAGUAGCAUUGAUAACGACAACAGAAAGGGAGGUUAAGAGAAUGCUCGGCUUGUUGAUCCUACGUGGUGAGAAUAUCAUAUCAAUGACGGCGGAGGCGCCUCCACCUAAUGUGAAGAAAAGUGAAGGCCCCAUGGCCGGCCCUGGUCGCGGGCAUGCAGCUGGUCGUGGUGUCCCCAUUGCACCCCUUGGUCAAGCUCCUCAAGGCCUUACUGGACCGAUACGUGGUGUCGGCGGUCCUGCUCCUGCCCAGAUGGCUCCUGGUGCUCCCCCAGGGAUGCCUCCGAUGCCUGGCUUCCCAGGAAUGCCCCCACCCCCUCCUGGAAUGAUGCCUGGCAUGCCUGGAGUAAGCUGA